GCUUCAGGAGGAGGCCUGCGCUCUUGCUGUGUCUUCCGCCUCAGUUGAGCUUCCGGCGCGAAGGUCACGGACAAGAUGGUUCCCCCAGUUCAGGUCUCUCCGCUCAUCAAGCUCUGCCGAUACUCGGCCCUGGUCCUCGGCAUGGCCUACGGCGCCAAGCGCUAUAGUUACCUAAAACCCCGGGCAGAGGAGGAGAGGAGGGUGGCAGCGGAGGAAAAGAAGAGACUAGAUGAGCUGAAACGGAUUGAGAGAGAACUGGCAGAAGCUCAAGAUGACAGCAUACUCAAGUGAAGCGCCAGUGAGCUUGCCUUUUCUUUAGUCGCUGAGGAUGAAUAAAGCUUUGUUGUGUGAUG